ACAGUGUUAAUAAACCCUUUGCGGAUUUCUUCUGGUAAUUGCAGGUAAAGAUUGCUGAUAGCAUUGUAGGCGGCACCCAAGACAUAAAUAAAUCUCAAUGAAGUGAAAGUCAAACUAAAUGAAACUCAAACGCAAUGCAGAAUCAGCAGAUACAACAAUUAAUUUCCUGAACUGUGUUCACUGCUGCCCAGUAUUGAGGAACUCCAGGGAGACAUUAUAUUCUUCUUCUUUUUCUUCGUGGCAGCUAGGAGGGAUCACAUUCGGUACAGGUAUCAAGCUCACCAUCGCAGAAAGAUGCAAUUCUUCCUGCCUUUUGUAUUUGUUGUGUUUCAUGGACUUUCGUCAGCAGGUGUCGCCAAAGUGCGGCUUAGUGACGGGCCAGACCGUUGCACAGGAAGAGUGGAGAUAUUUCUGCACAAUGUAUGGGGCACUGUUUGUGAUGACGAGUGGGACAUGGUGGAUGCGACUGUAGUGUGCAGAGAGCUGUUAUGUGGAACGGCCAUCCGUGCCCCAGCUGGGGCCGCCUUUGGAUUUGGGAAAGGGGAAAUCUGGUUAGAUGAUGUUAAAUGCAGAGGAGAGGAAUCAUUACUGAUUCAGUGCAAACAUCGUAAAUUGGGAACACACGACUGUGACCACAAAGAAGACGCUAGUGUUGUUUGCUCAGGUUCACAGACUCUUUUAAACCUUUUGGAGCAUUAUGAAAAUGUGUUUAGAUCAUCCUUAGAACAUGUGUUUAGAUCAUCCUUAGAAUCUACAUCUACAUCUACUACUCUUCUUGAACCAACUCCCUCUUUCAAGAAAAUGCGUACCAAAGCUGCUGACCAUUUUGAGCUUGGAAGUAUCAGACUGGUAAAUGGAGGAGGCCCUUGUGCAGGCCGAGUAGAAAUUUAUUACAAUGGCACUUGGGGGACAGUAUGUGAUGAUUUGUGGAAUAUGAGUGAUGCAAGAGUUGUCUGCAGGCAGCUACACUGUGGGGAGCCCAUCUCCGCUAACAUAAAAGCAUUUUUUGGAGGAGGCAAAGGAAAUAUCUGGUUGGAUAAUGUGCAGUGUAAAGGAAAUGAAAAUGCCCUGAAAGACUGUGAUUCUCGCUGGUGGGGCAGACAUGACUGUGUACAUGAUGAGGAUGCCGGAGUUGUGUGUUCAGAUCACCUAAGUGAAAUGAAGCCUUAUGUUGAUUAUGAAGAUACAGCAACAGCAAAACCAAAACAGCUGAGCUCUGAGUUGGGAACAAAGGACAAAUCACCCGAUUUGUACACAUUAUCUGUGGCUACUCAACGUUCCCUAAAUGAUCACCUAAGUGAAUCAGCUGCUGUCUAUAAUGAAGAAAAAACAACUUCAGAACCGCUACAGCCAGUGUCGGAAGCUCUCCACCAAUCUGGCCACUUGUCUACCCCUCCUACCCCUCUACAACAUUCCCUAAUUGAGCUUGGAAGUAUCAGACUGGUAAAUGGAGGAGGCCCUUGUGCAGGCCGAGUAGAAAUUUAUUACGAUGGCACUUGGGGGACAGUAUGUGAUGAUUUGUGGAGUAUGAGUGAUGCAAGAGUUGUCUGCAGGCAGCUACACUGUGGGGAGCCCAUCUCCGCUAAAAUAAAAGCAUUUUUUGGAGGAGGCAAAGGAAAUAUCUGGUUGGAUAAUGUGCAGUGUAAAGGAAGUGAAAAUGCCCUGAAAGACUGUGAUUCUCCCUGGUGGGGCAGACAUGACUGUGUACAUGAUGAGGAUGCCGGAGUUGUGUGUUCAGAUCACCUAAGUGAAGUGAAGCCUUAUGUUGAUUAUGAAGAUACAGCAACAGCAAAACCAAAACAGCUGAGCUCUGAGUUGGGAACAAAGGACAAAUCACCCCAUUUUUACACAUUAUCUGUGACUACUCAAAAUUCCCUAAAUGAUCACCUAAGUGAAUCAGCUGCUAUCUAUAAUGAAGAUACAGCAAAAACAACUUCAGAACCACUACAGCCAGUGUCGGAAGCUCUCCACCAAUCUGACCACUUGUCUACCCCUCCUACCCCUCUACAACAUUCCCUAAUUGUUACAGAGCCUGGGAGUAUCAGACUGGUAAAUGGAGGAGGCCCUUGUGCAGGUCGUGUAGAAAUAUAUUACAACGGCACUUGGGGGACAGUAUGUGAUGAUAUGUGGAAUAUGAAAAGUGCAAGUGUUGUCUGCAGGCAGCUACACUGUGGGGAGCCCAAAUCUGCAAAGAUAAAAUCAUUUUUUGGAAGUGGUGAAGGAAGUAUCUGGUUGGAUAAUAUACAGUGUAAUGGAAAUGAAAAUGCCCUGAAAGACUGUAAGUUUCGAGGGUGGGGCAAACAUAAUUGUGUACAUGAGGAGGACGCUGGAGUUGAGUGUUCAGGUGGAGAUCGCCUCAAUGAAGUGCCUCCUAUCUAUUAUGAAGAUACAGCAACAUCAAAUCAAGUACUGGGAACUUCAGACAAAUUGCACCACUUGUCUACCCCUCCUGUGCAGUCUCCACACCAUUCCCUAAAUGGUGCUGAUCACCACAAUGAAGUGCCUUCUGUCUCUUAUGAAGAUACAGCAACAUCAAAACUACUGCAACCUGUAUCAGAAACUCCAGACAAAGCUGACCACUUGUCUACCUCUCCUGUGCAGUCUCCACAACAUUCCCUAAAUGGUGCAGAUCACCUCACUGAAGUGCCUUCUAUCUAUUAUGAAGAUACAGCAACAUCAAAACUACUGCAACCUUUAAUGGAAAUUCCAGACCACUUUUCUACCCCUGCUGUGCAGUCUCCAGAACAUUCCCUAAAUGGUGCAGAUCGCCUCAAUGAAGUCCCUUUAAUCUAUUAUGGAGAUACAGCAACAUCAAAUCCGCUUCAACAAGUACCGGGAACUUCAGACACAUUGCACCACUUGUCUACCCCUCCUGUGCAGUCUCCACACCAUUCCCUAAAUGGUGAAACUCUCAGAGGCCAGGAUUCUGCUCACCAAACUCAUGAUUUUGCAAGAUGGCUAGAGGAAGGCAAACUGGAUCCUGAAUGCACAAACAAAAUCAAAAUAUUAGCCUGUGAAUCUCACCAGUAUCCAGAGCUCAUUCAAGUUUUGAAAGACAUGAAGAGCGAUUUCAGAGCAUUCUCUGCUGCAUUCCAGGAACAGAAAGGAGAACUAAAAUCCAUUGCUCAAAACUUAUAUCAGUUAACAUCUUCUUUGCAAGCAAUGCUUACAGUUGUCCAAGGUUUUGUUCUUCAGAAAGACUCUGCAUAAGUAUAUACGUUCAUUUAGCCAAAUAGAACAGCUCCCAGAAAUCACAAGAUAAAGGCGCUAGUAUACAAGUAUAGCUUUUGCAAUGUAUAAUUGUUUAAUAAGUAAUCCACACAAGGCUAGUGCCCUGGGUACCCAGUGUGCCUCCAUGGUCAGAUUGUGUAUUGGGCAAAUUACAUUUUGCAAUAAUUGUCAAACAUUUGCAUUAUUCAUGUAAAGCAGUGGUCCCCAACCUUUUUUACCCGUGAGCCACAUUCAAAUGUAGAAAGAGUUGAGGAGCAACACUAGCAUGAAAAGAGGUCCCUGUGGUGCUAAAUAAGGGCUGUGGUUGGCUAUUUGUUAGUCGCUUUGUGGACUGACAACGUACAGGAGGCUCUGUUUGGCCAUAAACCUUGUUUUUAUGCAAUCAAAAGAUGCCUCCAGACCUGGAAUUGAAAACUAAGUACUUGCUUUCAGGCCACUGGGAGAAACUUCCAAGUGCUUGCCCAAGAGCCACUGUUUGGGGAUCACUGAUGUAAAGGAUGCCCAAUUUAAGGGGUUAUGUAAAUAAAAGGCACUUAGUUUGCCCAGGAGCAGUAACCCAUAGCAACUAAUCAGAAGGUAGCAUUUACUGGUCACCUGUUUAAAAGCAAACAUCCUAUUGGUUGUUAUGGGUUACUGCUCCUGGGCAAACUUAGUGCAUUUAUUACAUAACCCCCUUAACCUCCAUAUGUUGGUCUGAAUAGGGCAUUUUAGUUUAAUAGUAUUAUUAACAUUAUUAUUAACAUGAAUUUAUAUAGCGCCAACAUAUUUUGCAGCGCUGUGAUUUAGAUGAAAGGAUUGAGCAGGACAUCCUGUAUUAACACUCUUCAGGUUGAUCACCCAACCACCAUGAUUUACUAAGAGCAUCAUCACUUUAAAUUUCGCCCCCAACCUGAGAACAAGUUUAACUGAUUAUAUUCGUUCAAAAGGCUACAUUUACAGAUUAAGUGUGACAUGUCAUUCAAUGUAAACAAUUUGACUGUUGUCAUAUGUGGAGGCCUAUUUAUCAAAGGUCGGAUUUUAGAGGUUUUUAAAACCACAACUGAACUCACAAACUCUAAAACUAUGAAUUUCAUGAGAUUUAUUAAAAACUCCAAAUAAAAAAAGUUUGAACAAAAUAUUAAUCUGAAUGAUACGCUAAAAAUACUAAUACCUCGAAAACCUCUAAAAAUGCAAGUAUUUCAUACUAUUCCUAGCAAAAAAAAAAUCCAAUUUUAAAGCGGUCCAAUAGGAUCAACGCAGCUCCCAUUGACUUCAACUUGUACUAACAUAAAAUUCUACUACAGUCAGACAAGUGUAGCACAAACUAAAUAAAAUAGCUGUUGUUUCCACCAGUAAAAGACACUGACAAACAUAAUUGAUACCAGGGAAUGGCAGAAGUCCACAUUUCUACAGCUUUCAGGCUACCACGACAAAAUCAACUGAUGAGGCAUUCUAGUUGUUGUCUGUUAGUGUAACACCUAUAUAUACAGAAUAUGACUGUUGUUUUUAAUUAGCUAAAUUCAAUAAAAUAUGCUUUAUUUACUUAUGAAUAUAAUACAUAUAUUCUAUACUUUUAAUAAACCAAUAAACACUGAA